CAUGGAAAACGUAAAAAAGAAGAUUUACGAGUCGAGAAGGCUCGCAUCGAUCUUGAGCUGCGUGCCCCAAUAGUGUUCUGGAACAAGGCAUGCUCUUUCAUGAAGAAAAAACUUAUACCGGCACAUGUUGUUACUAAAAAGAAUUAAGAAGUGAACCCGAUCCUAAAAAAGAACACAUUAUUCCAGUGGAUUAGCUACCCUUGUUCUGGUCUUAAUCGAUGAAUAGGCACACCGUUCUUACACCUCGAUCAUCAGGGAGAUCAAACAACACAGUCACAAUUCAUGAUGUUAUUCAUCUUCAAUACUAGGGAUAGUUCCGACUUCGAUCCUCACGGUCUCUGAUCUAAUCUCAGAGAAGUACUAAAAUCUUCAUGCUAGUAGGACUAGGUCUAGAUGCUAGUGCGUUUCAUUCAUUUCCAAGUUUAAGAAGAUACUUUUCAGAAGGUUUCUAGCUUAAUGAUUCUGUGAAAACACUUACCGGCCACGGACCAUUUGUUGUACCUUGAUUACUACUUCAGGUCGUCGUGCUUCAUCAAGCUGUCGUUUAGACGGGCCCUGCACUUUUCUACCGCGUGCGUGGGCUCAUCGUUUCACUCUUUACCGUUUGAACCAUUUACUUAUUUAGCAUCUGGUUCUUCAAUAUCUUCCUCCCUAUGUUGUAGUUGCUUCUAUUCUUAGUGUACUAGAACAAAUUGGCGUGCUGGUUCUUUGCUCUGCGCAUGCUCAGCAAACAGAACAAUCGAAGCGCAGCGCACUAUUCGACCCCGCCUUUGCAGUGACAUUGAUAGACAGCAUUUUUGCUCGCUGCUGUUCGCGUGCAACGGAAUUGGACGCUUGGUUUCUUUUUUAAGCGACUUGACGCCCACGCUCGGCCAAGAUGUCGGUGCUACAAAGGAUCGCGGAUAUCGAGGCCGAAAUGGCCAGGACGCAGAAAAACAAGGCGACAAAUGGGCACUUGGGUAUAUUAAAGGCGAAGCUCGCCAAGCUCCGUGGAGAGGUCAUGGCAGAGGCGAGCAAGAGCGGUGGCGGCGGCGGUCAAGGAUUUGAAGUAAAGGCAACAGGUCACGCAAGAGUAGGCUUGAUCGGCUUUCCAUCAGUCGGAAAGAGCACACUCCUCAAUCGCUUGACAGGAGCUGCCAGUGAAGUCGCAUCGUAAUGAACUUAAGAAAUUUGAGUAGUUCUUUUCAUCAACAGAUCGAUAUUUUUUUGACCAUCAUUAUAUAUGUAUAAUACAAAAUACUGGCCCUUUUAAUGUUUUAUCGAAUCGAAUCGAAUUCAACGCCUUUGUUCGAUUUCGUUUUCCGUACAACAAUAAACAGGUAUGAGUUUACGACACUGACGUGUAUUCCCGGUACGUUCACGUACAAGGGUGCGAAGGUCCAGGUUUUAGAUCUUCCAGGUAUUAUUGAGGGGGCCAAAGACGGUAAAGGUCGUGGUAAGCAGAUUAUCUCCGUAGCGAUGACCUGCUCCCUUAUUCUCGUAGUCCUUGACAGCUCGAAGCCGUGGACAAUAAGGCAAAAGAUCGAGAAAGAGCUCUACGGCUUCGGCAUGCGGCUCAACAAAUCAAGACCAAACAUUACAAUCGUCAAGGGAGAUAAAGGUACUUAAUCUGCUCCAAUGCUUUCGGAUGAAAACAAAACUAAAACCUUUUUCCUGGAUAUCAUAGCUUUCGAAAACGUCAAAUUCACGCGAACUAAGCAUAACAUUCUAGAACUAAGCUACUGCAUAAUCGCGAAUGCAUUUUUUUACCGUCUCUCUACUACACCUCCAGGUGGGAUUACAGUGAACGUGAAGCAAGGCAAUAAGCUGAUCGAUACCGACAUAGAAACAGUGCAACAAGUGGCUAAGGAAUACCGGAUAAUCAACGCCAACAUCCAUAUAGCCUGCGACGCGACAAUCGAUGAGAUUAUCGAUGUCUUCGAAAACAACAGAAAGUACUCUUCCUUCCUUUUCUUGUCAGCGAUCAUAACCACAAGAACCUCUUUGAUGAUCAUGUUACUCCGAUACCAAUAUGUAAACAUGCAGUAGUUGUUGUCAAAGUAAGUAUGCAGUUUCAGAUACCUCAAUAACUUCACCCUCUCGUUUCGUCAGGUUUCAAAAUCUCAAGACAUGGAAAUCUGCCUUAAACUUCAUUAUACAAAAACUACAAAAUAAGGUACAUCCCGUGCUUGUAUUUGAUGAACAAAGUAGAUCUGAUCUCUCAAGAGGAGCUAGAUCUAAUGCACCAGGACCCAAAUAUGGUUCCGAUAUCGGCACACGAGCAGUGGUGUCUGGACAUGCUCAUCGAGUAAUACCUUAUAUAUUUGGAUAUUGGAUUGCAUGUUCUUUCCUGAUGCUUACCCAUAUCGUGCUACUUGGAUAUCGAUAUUGUUAUUGAACUCUGUUUAUAGAUUUUUCUUAUAUAUAUAUGACAAGAACAAUACAUACGUCAUGGUCAUCGUUUUCUUCGCUUACAAAAUACGACCUUUCGCUGUCUACUUGAAAUUGAAUGACUCAACGAAACAAUUUUCUCUUUAGGCGAAUGUGGCGACGAAUGGACUUGGUUCGUGUGUUUACGAAACCAAAGAAUUCUCUUCCGGACUUCGCGGAGCCUGUUAUUAUGUCAAAGAAGCAUCGCAGAGUGGAAGACUUCUGCCUGAAAAUCCAUAAGACCUUGUUAGAGCAAUUCAAGCAUGCCCUUGUGUGGGGCGCGAGCACAAAGCACAACCCGCAAACGGUUGGCCGGGAGCACUUGCUUGAAGACGGCGAUGUCGUUGAAAUCGUCAAAAAAGUUGGAUAAAGAUCAUGCUAAUAGUCACCUCUCCUCCGGUGGUCAGGCCUUCACGCAACAUCCGACGCUAACCUUCUUACAACAGCAUACUCAACAAGAUAUAUAUGUGACCAAAUACUCUGACUUUCGCAUACCUUUUCCGUUUCACGAGAUAAGAUUCGCUACCUUGUUAUGUGUAAACAAAAAGUCCGAUACAAACUUUGCGCAACCGACCCGAGGCAUUGAAACAUAGCAAACGCAAACUAUGAUCAAUGGAUAUCCUCCUUGCUUUCCAACAUGUCCUCGUGAAGAAGUAGAGUGCUUCUCUACCUCCAG